AUGAAUCACCAGCAGCAGCCAUCUUAUGGCGGCUAUCCCGGCCAGUCCUACCACCAGCAGCCGCACCAGCAGCAGCAGCCGCCGCAGCAGCAAUCCAACCCGUACGGUUACAGCCAUUCGCCCCAGCCAUCUCAACAGCCCUACGGCGGACAUGCUCCUCAGCAGGGUUACAAUGCUCCGCCGUCUGGAUACAAUCAGCGCCCGCCCUCUGGGCAACAAAUUCAAGGAAGACCAGGUUUGCCUACCAUUUUCCAACGAGCCAUAUUUUCAGCAAUGAAAGCUAAUGAUGCGCAAAUUCAGCCUACGGCCAAAGCGGCGGUCCAGCCCCCCCUCCCAGCAAUCCCGUCUCCUUCGGUCACGGCGCUCCCCAAGGCUACAGCUUCCAAUACUCCCGCUGUACGGAAAGGUCAGCUGCGCGGAUGUAUCAACGAUGUGAAGAACAUGUCGACCUACUUGAACCAAAACUUCGGCUACGCUCGCGAGGACAUGGUCCUCUUGACCGAUGACCAGCAAAACCCGAUGAGCCAGCCGACCAAGGCAAACAUUCUUCGGGCUAUGCACUGGCUGAUCAAGGAUGCGCGUCCCAAUGACUCGUUGUUCUUCCACUACUCUGGCCACGGCGGUCAGACCCCCGACUUGGAUGGUGACGAAGAGGAUGGAUAUGAUGAAGUUAUCUACCCGGUGGACUUCCGGGUUGCAGGGCACAUCGUUGAUGAUGAGAUGCACCGUAUCAUGGUGCAGACUCUACAACCAGGUGUCCGUCUUACAGCAAUUUUCGACUCCUGCCACUCUGGCUCCGCUCUGGAUCUUCCCUACGUCUACUCCACCUCCGGUGUGCUCAAGGAGCCCAACCUGGCCAAGGAGGCUGGACAAGGCCUGCUUGGUGUGGUUUCGGCAUACGCGCGUGGUGACAUGGGCAGCAUGAUGUCAACCGCAAUGGGCUUCAUCAAGAAGGCCACCAAGGGCGACGAAGUGUAUGAACGCAACAAGCAGACCAAGACAAGCCCGGCGGAUGUCAUCAUGUGGUCUGGCAGUAAGGAUGAUCAGACCAGUCAGGAUGCUCAGAUUGCCGGCCAGGCCACUGGUGCCAUGUCAUGGGCUUUCAUCGCCGCGCUUCGGAAAAACCCUCAGCAGAGUUAUGUCCAGCUUUUGAACAGCAUUCGUGACGAGCUUUCAACCAAAUAUACCCAGAAGCCACAGCUGAGCUGCAGCCACCCCUUAGAUACCGACAUCCUUUAUGUGAUGUAA